CACCUGGCCGUAGUGCAGGGAGAAAGUGUUCGGUUAGAGAGCGAGAGUCCGCGUAUAAGACGUCGCGAGCCGCUCGAGAAAAUCAGUUUAUCGAGUGCGAGUGCAUCCGGAAACAACGAUCAGGAUGAGGACGCAGUUCAUCCUGAUAGCUUGCUUGGCGAUAGCGAGACAGGCGUUCGGCACUCAGGUGUAUGAGACACCUACGAGCGACUCUUCGCAGGAACCAUGGAAACCGUGGAAGAACCAGGACUCGAUUGACAACUCCAAUCCAGAACAAGACGUAUAUCACCCCAUUACGUUCGAGACUUCCGACAAGCAGAAGGAGGCGCAACAAACGUCGUUGUACAGCCCUAACAUCCAGACAGACGCCAGCGGAGUUGCCGAUGUCGUCAAUCAACAAUCGGUGGAAUCUAUAAUCGAUGAUAUCCUCAUAUCGAAUCGUCAGGGUCGCAAUCUCGAGGGUUACGAUGACGUGUACUCGGACCCGAAUGUGAAAACCGCACUUCAGGCUGGCAACGACACCAUCGCGCGUAGUUACAUCAAGGACAAGCUCUGUUCCCUCGGUUUGAUGAAUUGCGAGGAUACGGAAGGACGACGACCCUACUACUCGCCGCACCGUGAUAUCCAGCCGCACGACGUCAUCUACGCGCAACCGGUGACCAUCAGGCCGGUUGGCCGCCCACUUCCGGCGAUACCUCUGAAGCGGCCUUACGGCCCACCCAGACCCGUGCCGCUGCCGUCGUCGAGCUUCAGCUCUACGUUUCCGGGAUUGUCGCUUCCGGGAUCCCCGUUACCAGGACCUCCGCUACCAGGACAUACGUACGGUGGCAGACCACCGAUAAGCUUCGUCGGCCCAUACCCGGGCUACAAGAAGACAGGUCCACCUUUCAAACCCAUCUAUGAGUCGGGCGUCGACGUCGGACUCGACUACGAGGACAAGCUGAUCGACAAGAAACAGGUGGUUCUGCAUCAGUCUGGCUCGCCGGUCCAACAACACGUUCACCACCACUACCACCAUGGAGACGGCACUGUCGCGGGCAGUUUGACCUCCGGCGUCGCACCCAACCCUGUGGUGGUCCCGUCACCCUCGCUCGCUGGCGGCAACGGCCUCGGCAGUUACGGUUACGGCAGCGGCGGCACUUACGGCGCCUCCUACAACGACUUCGAAGAUUACAAGAAGGCCUUCAAGAUCAAGACGCCUGAGGCCAACAGCGGUCCGUCGCCCGCGAAGGCCUACGCCGAUCGUUAUCCCGCUUACGAGAAGCCGAACGGCAAGCAAUACGACGCGAAUGCGUUCCAACAAUUCGGCUCUAACAGCCAGUUCGACGGUUUCAACGGGGACUAUCAGUUCAGCAAUAUCCGCGACAGCAACUCGCAGUCCGCGAACUCCGACGACUGCGUGUGCGUGCCUUACAACCAAUGUUCCGCGAUCAACCAUGCAGGCCGUAAGGACGACCUCUACCUGGCGAUCGACCCGCGUAACCUCGACAAGGACAUCGAGGCUGAGACCGAGGAGGUGGUGAUAACCGACGAGAACGGCACGAUGAGCGUCGUGAGGGUGCCCAAGGGAGUCAACGAGACCGAGCAAGUCGAGCAAACGAAGAACCAGCAGUCGGAGUGGACGAGCGAAGAGGCGGAAGUUCCGAAGCGAAACCGCAGGGACGUGAAGCAGAUUAGCCGGGAGGACGACAAGAAGCCAGAGGCGCAAGAAAGACUGAUAGCCGACAAUCUGGACACCUCGAAACUGAACGUGAAGCCGACUUGGGGCGUCAGUUUCAGCCUGCCGCAGACCGUCGGCGGUCCGCCGAUCGGACCCCACCCUGGUAAUCUCCUAGGGUACCCGGGCUACGGGCUGGUCGGUGGCCAGGGCAUAAGUCUAGGCCCGGUCUCGGUGAAUCCGCUCGUAGCGCUGCAGGUGACCAAAGACGAGUACGGCGAGAAGGUUUUCAAGCCUUACGUGAACCUGCACGUAACCCCCAACCCGGGGCUCAUUCACAAGCUGGGCCACCUACUGGCCCAUAAGAAGUACAGCCUGUUCGGCAAUCACGGUGGCGUUUACGCACCGACGCACGGUGUCUACGAGCACUAUCACCACCACGAUAAGCCCUACCACUAUCAUCAGCAGCCGCACCAACCGUAUUACCCGUCGCGACCACCCUUCUACCCGGUAUACGGUGCUGGUAUACAUCAUGCCCACGAGCAUCGUUAUCCGCCAUCGAUCUACCACCAGUCGAAGCCUCAUUAUCACACCAGCACCGGCGGAUACCCCGGUCCCUAUUACAAAGACACCGACGACUACGACGACUACGAUUAUUCGGACGAUUACUCGGACGGCGAUUACUAUAGAAAUGGCCGAGCGCGAGGCGCGACCGCGAGGGCGACGGCGACGGCGACGGCGACGGCGACGGCGACGGCGACGAGAGGCGGACAGUCCGCCGCGACAAAGGACUCGUCACCAACGCGAGGACCGCUCGGUCGGCAGGGAGAGUCAGACGGAGGGAAGAUUACCUUCUCGGACAGUAGGAGACGGCGUCGCGACGUGACGUUUAACGAAAGCGCGCCGGUGGAGAGACGCUACGGAGGACAGCCGCCUUCCUGCGGUGCUCAUCGCGUCUGCUGCCGGAGAUCGCAUUUAAUAGCGCCACGCCCGCAGCCCGGACAAUGCGGGGUUAGGAAUACGCAGGGCAUCAAUGGACGCGUCAAGACCCCGGUCUAUGUGGACGGAGACUCUGAAUUUGCCGAGUACCCGUGGCAAGUCGUCAUCCUGAAGAAGGAUACUAGCGAGAGCGUGUACGUUUGCGGAGGUACUUUGAUCUCGUCACGACACAUCAUCACCGCCGCUCACUGCGUGAAGACCCACUCUGGUCGCGACCUUCGUGCGCGUUUGGGCGAGUGGGAUGUAAACCACGACGUCGAAUUUUAUCCCUACAUCGAGCGCGACAUCGUCAGCGUCCAUGUGCAUCCUGAGUUCUACGCUGGCACCCUCGCCAACGACAUCGCCAUUCUCAAGAUGGACUACGACGUUGACUUCGCAAAAAAUCCUCACAUAAGUCCCGCUUGUCUACCGAAUCAGUACGACGACUUCAUCGGAAUAAGGUGCUGGACCACCGGCUGGGGCAAGGACGCUUUCGGUGACUUCGGCAAGUACCAGAACAUACUGAAGGAAGUGGACGUACCCGUCAUCAGCAACCACGCGUGCGAGCAACAAAUGAGGCGGACGAGGCUCGGGCCGAGCUUCAACCUGCACCCAGGCUUCCUCUGCGCCGGCGGCGAGGAGGGCAAGGACGCUUGCAAGGGUGACGGCGGCGGCCCGAUGGUCUGCGAACGACACGGCCGCUGGCAACUGAGCGGUGUCGUCUCCUGGGGCAUCGGCUGCGGCCAGGCCGGUGUGCCCGGCGUCUACACUCGCGUGUCCCACUACCUGGACUGGAUCCGCCAGUUCCUGGAGUACUGACGACGGAAAACAAGCAUGAGGCGCGUUUUCUUCCGACAAGGUCCUACGAAACUUGACUCAGGACGCGCGAAGGACGGGAUGUAGAUUUAUAUUUAUGUAAAUUGUAAUGUUAAUCGCGUGUAUCGACUUCUGUAUCGACGAACCGCCCGGCACGGCGUCCUGCUCGCGUCGCAGAGAUAUUUAUUCAGCUAACUCAGAUUAUUCGUCUUCCCUUCGUGUCUAGACUAAGCGCCGGUGUCUCUCUCUCUCUCUCUCUCGCUCUCUCUCUCUCUCUCUCUC